CUCGGCCCUGUUGCACCUAAAUCUCUUGAUUUGGCACUCAAUAUCACAAGCAUGACAAAUUUAAGAGAGGACGUGUGGAAUCAGAACAUUGCGGCGGCCGCCAACCUGAUUUCCAGGGACAUUAUCCCAAAAUGGGCUCUGGCAUCAGGGAACCAGCUCCCUUGUAGGAAGAUUCUGUCCAAGAAAAACCUCACAUCCGCUCUUCCGCGAUUCAUGCAGCCUGCGGGGCUGCGAAACAGAGAGCCCAGUCCGACUUCUUACCUGGACGCACUUCGGGGUUAUGCGGCCCUGAUUGUAGUCUUCUUCCACACCUUCGCCACCAGUGACGGCGUAUCGCAGGAGUGGAGGCACCAACCCAUUCUGAACCUGCUCGACGCCGGCAAAGGCAUGGUUGCCCUAUUUUUUAUGAUCUCCGGCUAUGCCCUGUCCCAUCGGCUUCUCAUCUUGAACAGACAGGGCGACACAGACCGUUUACUGAACGCACUGGCUUCGUCAACAUUUCGACGCUAUUUUAGGCUCUACAUCAGUUGUGUUGCGGCGUGCCUGGUGACAGUGCCAGUGAUCCGGCAACGAGGGUACAACGGCUUCGCGAACAACCUUCGCAAAGAGAGUCUACGCGACCAAAUGGUGGAUCUCUUUCACGACAUGGUCAUCUUCACCAAUCCCAUCCCCAGUCACUUGACCGGGCUUACGGAUAAAGGCUUCUUUCACACCAAAUAUCUCGUUCAACUGUGGACGAUCCCCGUGGAGUAUCGCGGCAGUAUCGGACUGUUCUUGUUUAUCCUCGCCACAUGCAAAAUGUCGACAAGGAACCGGAUGAUGUCUACCUGGGCCAUGAUCCUUUCGUGCUACAUCUGGAAGAUUCAAUACGCAGCUGAGUUCCUGGCCGGCUUGUUCAUUGCAGACCUCUCACUGAGCCAGCAUCCACAGCGUGUGCACAAGCAGAUCGAUCGUACACAAUCACCCCGUUAUCAGUCACGGCAGGCCAUCAUCUGCUGGAGUGGUCUUCUAUGCGUCGGCCUGUUUUUGUUAGCACGGCCCAAGUUAGGCGAUCAAUUGGGUUUUCUGGGUGCUUUUCCUUGGGCCUUCCUCAACAGCCUCACGCCCUUUUGGUGGGAUGGAGACGCCCAGUACUGGUUCUGGUUGGGACCUGGUGCUUUCGCGGUGAUCCUGGCGAUUGAUUCGUGUCCUACGCUUCAGAAACCCUUGAACUGGCGAUUUUCACAAUACAUAGGCGAACUUUCGUUCGGCCUCUACGCGGUGCAUCCGCCUUUCGGAUUCGCAGUGAGAGACAAAGUGGCCGGACCCAUUAGGAAGAAGUAUCUGGGCGAUUCUUUCUUGGCUCACAUCCCGAGUUUUCUCGUCGUGACCACAUGCAUUAUCGUGAUGGCCGAUUACUUCGAACGUCUAGACCGGAGAAGCGUGGCAUUCUCGAGGUGGGCGCAACAGAAGCUUUUCACUUAAAGUGUUGCAGAACACGGUCACCGCUAGCAAGUCAACACAGUAUGCGGUACUCUAACCUUCUGGAUAUAUAAAUCAAUUUCUUCAAUCGAUAAAUUGAUGGUGCACCUACGUAGUCACCCCUAGCACUUCAGCCGACCUCAGCCUAGACCUGGCUCAAUUCCACAAGUGUCCUGGC